AUGUAUUAUUCAUUCAUCUACUUCCUCUUCAAGACCUUGCCACGUCGUAUUUUUCGUGCAAUAAAGUUUUUGAUUAAUUUAAAAACGUUAACGUUAGCCAAUAAAACAAAACAAUUUAUCAAGCAACAACAAACCAUUAACGAAUCAAAUCCUAUUAAUAACAAUCAGUUAGUGAAGUGUAUAGGCUCGAGCGAGCGUACAACUACCAGUGGAUUAAUUCUGCCUACAAUUCAAAAUAUUCACACAUCUGAGCCCAUACUUGCAGUAUCAAAUGAUUAUGUAUUGAUCAACGAACGUACCAGAAAACGUAAUCAAAUUAUUGUAUAUGAUGAAUAUUUAAAUUAUAGAUCAUUGAAAUUUCCAAGAAAAAUUACAAUCAUAGAAACUGUUCAUUUUAGUGAAAAUAAGUUUUUGUUACUUACUGAGACACAAUUAUUUAUAAUAGAUGCUAAGAUUAUGAGUUCGAUCGAAGUUAUUGAAGAAAUCAUUCCAUAUGAAAAUGCAAAAAUAUUUAAGUCAUGUACAUAUAAUAUUAAUGAUAACUCAUUAUUUUUAUCCUAUGCUACAUGGGGUGGAGAAAUUGAACGAUGGAAACAACAACCUAAUUGGAAAUUAGUUAAUCAAUACAUGCCAACACAAACAACAAUGACUGAGUAUGAAUAUAUUAGCAAUAUUAAAAUGAACAAUAAUCAAUUAUUGGCAAUGACGAUAUAUAAUUCUGUUAUCGAUCAAUGGCAUUUGGAAAUUCGUGCAAUUGAAACUUUAAAUAAAUUGAAAACAAUAUUAUUACCUAGAAGUGAUUUUGAUUAUUGUUUAUCAUUGAUGAAUUAUGAUCGAUGGUUAAUAUACAAUAAAUAUUCAAAUGAUUUUUUGUUAGUGGAUCAAUAUGGAAAAAAACAAACUGGAAACUAUGGACAACCGAUAAAAAAUAUUGCACUAUUCAGAUACAAUAAUUUAAUUGUGCGCACAAUGGAGAAACUGCGUAUAAUUAUAAUAGCAGAUGAAGAAUAG